AUGUUCAGAUUUGCUGCUCGUGCUAUCCGUGCUCCUGUUGUUAGAGCUCCAGUGACCAAGUUUGUCCAGCCUAUUCGUUUCUACGCCGCUGCCCCUCUCUCCAAGGAGGAGGUUACCUCUAGAGCUAUUGAGGCCUUGAAGACUGUUGCUGCUUUGCAAGAGUCCAAGAUCACCUUGGAGGCCAACUUCCAGAAGGACUUGGGCUUGGACUCCUUGGAUACCGUCGAGGCAUUGGUUGCCUUGGAGGAGGAGUUCGACUUGGAGAUUCCAGACAAGAUUUCCGACGAGAUCAAGACCGUUGGCCAGGCUGUUGACUACAUUUACGAGGAGGAGCAAAAGUUG